UCUUAUGUCUAUGAUUCAUUAAAUGAUUGUACUUGUUGAUGAACUUUUCAGUCUGCCCCUGUAAUGGAAAAAGAAAUUGAAAAAUCAAAAUCUGUGGAUCUCAAACCAAAAAUAGAAAACACUGAAGAGAAGACAAAUAAAUCAAACGUGACUCAGGCUCAUGCGUCCCCUUCACCACCUCAACAGAAUGAAAUUUGUGCACAGUUUGCCUCGCAACUAGCCGCCACAUUACGACACAACUCGACCAAACAACAAAGCUCAACUCCACCAACAGGGACCAUCAUACCAGCUGAUGAACAGCAAGAAAUAUUUGAACCUUGCGUGGACGAUGUUGGAACUAUUAUUCCUGGAGGGACGUCUGUCGAUCCCCUGCUGACCUGCAAAGAAAAAGCGAAUGAAUACAAUAUGAACAUUGUUCGUCCAGCACAAAAAGUAACCCCUGUUCAUAAAACAGUGAUUGUGUCUGCUGGUAAACCUGAUCCAAAUCCGUUACCUUUAAAAACUCCUGUAUCUAUUAAGACACCCGUACCACCUUUGGAGACACCUGUAUGUAUGACACCACAUUUACCUAUGAAGACACCAGUGACAUCAAAGGUCAAUAAAACAAGGAGUGUUAGUGACAUGAUCACUUCAGACGUCAGUCAAUUUAAGCCAGUAUCGUUUACGGCUAAUAAAGUUAACCAAAACACGCAAACCACAUCUAUUUCUGUCGGAUUGUCUCCAUCUAAGGAUACCGGUUCACAACCGACAUCCAUACCAGAAGUAAAAAGUCAGAAACCUGUUACAGUUACAGCGUCUGCUCCAGUUCAGCCAUCUCCUGUCAUCACGGCGUUGCCGGUUUCCACAGAAAACAAAGAUGUAAAAUCUACGCAUAAAAAUGAGAAGACAUCAGCACCUGUGAAGACGCCUGUCGCAUUGCUAGUUUCCACAGAAAACAAAAAUUUAAAUUCUGUGCCUAAAAAUGUGAAGUCAUCCACAUCGUUGAAGAUGUCGGCUUCUGUGAAGGCACCUUUACCCGUGAAAAGUGUGCCAUCACCAGCGUCAGCUGUCCCUACUGUAGCGGAAAAAGAAGUUGAAAAAUCGAAAUCUGUGGAUCUCAAACCAAAAACAGAAAAAACUGAAGGGAAAGUAAAGAAAAUUAAAAAUGGCUGUGAGUCAACCAAUGUAUAG